UCAGGACCCCGAGGGAAUGGAGCGAAGUAUACUUACCGCUUCUCAAAGCUCCAAAGAUGCCUGGGCGAAUGCGAUCGGAUAUAUAUAUCUCAACACAGCGAACAGGGGAAGCAGGGGAGAGACAACUGAGCAGCGAGAGAGAUAAGAAUAUUUAUACACGAUGUUCGCGCGAACGAAAGACAACGAGUGAGUGAGUCGCAGGCGUGAAUGGAGGGGAGGGCAGAGCGCAGUGACGAGCCGUUUUAUAUCGUCUGCGCGGGGUGCGGGAUGCGUUCUGAGCGCUCGCUCUCGCGCUCUCCCGCAGGCGGGUGUGCCGCCGAUAGCGGAAUCAGUGCGUGGGCACGGGACUGCUCGUUUGUGGGUGUGAUAUGUGACGAUGGGGUUUGGUUUGGGGCGGCUGUGGAAUUCCAAGAUUGGGGAGCAGGAUUCAGGAACACGUUGGUGCGACUGCAGUGCGCUUUGCUGGACCCGCGGGGAAGGGGGCGUGAAGUGUGGCAUUGCGUUCUUGGCCUCGUGGAGGAGAGCACUGCAUAUGGCUGUGACUGCACCUGGGGGGAUUCGAGCAGUGCUGUCUAUGAUGGCAAACGAGGGGGGGGACGCAACGCGCUUUGGGCAAGAGUUCUCGUCACGAUGAAGGUUCGCAGUCACAGUGUUUCAUUUCUUUUCUUACCCGCGAGGUGUGAGGCUACGAACGAGAGGGGAGAUGUGAGAACGUCUCGUGCAAGCAGUCCGCGGAGGCAGUCCGCGGAGGCAAAGGGAGCGCGUGGACGUGAAUGCGGCACGGCGAUGGGCGCAAUGAUAAUGAAGGCGAUUCGAUUCGUAAUUGAAGGGGAAGAAGUGUAUGGGAAUGGUUUCAUGAGAGCUCGGCGAUGUUGGGAUGGCCGGAAUGAAGGGGAACAAACGCGGUGUACGACUGCGUGGGCGUUUGGCAGAGGUGCUUGGCUGAUGGAGCCCAGAGAAGAGGUACGAGAGACGGCAGAAUGAUCGCCAGGGUCUGCGCAACUGGAAUCUGAACUUGUUCUUGCUGCUACUAUUGAUCACGAAUCUGGGCUGUGAUAUUCCAAAUAGAGGCGUGAGCAUGGAGCGUAGGCCGGUACCUGACGAAGACCCUGUGUGUUGGUGUUGCACGAGGAGAGGCGAAAAUCGUGAAUUCGGAUCGGAUUUGAGAUGUGUCUCCUCAAGAGUCGGUUUGUAUGCCGCUUG